CCUACAUAUCUAGGUACCAUACUUCAUGUUGUUCAGGCUAUUACCUACCUCACCUACGCAGGCUCCAUCGAAUCAAUAUCAGACACAAAAGGAUAUAUGUACGUAGGUGGGUGUGUGGACGGGAUAGACAGUGCGUGAGCUGUCCUGUGCAUAACAAACCCCAGAGAAGCACAUCUGCGAUAUUGCCAUAGGGUUAUUUCCAUCUUUCUCCACGCGCACAUAGAUGAUGGAUAGAACGUCAAAUACCAGCUAAGAGAGAAGGCGGUCCACGGCUUCGUCCAUACAUCCCUACCUAUGGGUGUAUUAGCCGCGCUCCCUUCCUUCGACUUAUCUCCCAGCUCGUGCUAUACUCGGACGACUGAUACUCGCAGCACGAGGAAACAGACGAGUAAGAAGCAUGUGGGACGCCGUUCGCGAGUCCAGCAUCGGACAAAUCGUACGCAUCGUGUUCCGCCGCCCGGACCUCUUGCCCUAUCCGGAGGAGCUCGAUUCCUUCGAACUGCCGGCCAGCCUAAGCCAGAGCCCUAGCAUCGUGCUAGACAGCAAACUAGAAAAUGAGCUGAAGAAGCAGGAAGGUCAAUCCCGCUGCGUAGAGCAGUCCGUCUUCUCCACAGGCACGGCAACGCCUUCAGACGAGAAAGACCUCGAAGCCGGCGUCUUGGACGGCAACCCAACCAUAGUAAUAGCAGUACCCGUACCCGCCGCAGCAUCGACGCCCGUCGAAGGCACGCCCCGUAAUAUCGACGGCCCACAGACCCAAGAUCCCGCAGCGGUGGUAGUAGUAGUAGGCUGGUACUCGGCCUCCGACCCAGCGAACCCGCAGAACUGGUCCUUCGCCAAGAAAGUCUGGAUCACAACGCAGAUGGGACUCUACACAUUCGCCGUGUACAUCGGAUCAUCGCUGUACGCGCCGAGCGAGGCGGCAGUCAUGUCCUCCUUCGACACAUCCUACGAGGCCGCGGCCCUCGGCAUCGCGCUCUACGUAGCCGGCUACGGCCUCGGCCCCCUCCUCUGGGCCCCGCUCUCCGAGAUCCCAGCCGUAGGCCGUACGACGAUCUACGCCACAACACUCUUCGUCUUCGCGUGCCUCGCGCUCGGCGCCGCCGUCGUCGAAAGCUUCGCGGCGCUUCUCGCGCUGCGCUUCCUGCUCGGCUUCUUCGGGUCGCCGUGCCUGGCCGCCGUGGGCGCGACCCUCGACGACAUGUUCGCGCCCUGGAAGCUGCCGUACGUGCUGACCAUCUGGUCGGCGUCGGCGACGCUGGGACCCGCCCUGGGGCCCGUCGUCUCCGGCUUCGCCGUCGCGGGGAUGGGCUGGCGCUGGAGCGCCUGGGAGCUCGCUUGGCUCGCCGCGCCCGUCUGGCUCCUAAUCUUCCUGACCCUGCCCGAGACGAACCCGGACGCGAUCCUGCACCGCCGCGCCGCGCGGCUGCGGGCGCGUGCGGGACGCUCCGAUCUGACGCUGACGUGCGAGGCCGAUCUCAGGCGCGCCCAUAUGCUGACCACGCGGCAGAUCGUCGUCGACGCGCUCAUCAAGCCGUGGGAGAUCAACGCCCUGGACCCGGCGGUUCUGUAUACGACGAUCUACUCCUCGGUGUUGUACGGGACGUACUAUUCCUUCUUCGAAGCGUUUCCGCUGGUAUUCACCGACAUGCACGGGUUCAAUCUCGGGGAGUCCGGGCUACCGUUCCUAGCGUUCAUGCCGGGCUUGGUGAUCGCUAUUUCGGGGUAUAUAAUCUGGUUUCGGCUUAACGUGGAGCCUAAGAUGCACGAGGAAGCCCCGCCUUUGUACGGGGAUCCGGAGAGUAGGUUGUUUCCUGCGGUGGCGACGACGAUGCUCGGUCCGAUUGGAUUGUUCAUUUUUGCAUGGACUUCGCGUCCCGAUAUCCACUGGAUCGUACCUAUUAUAGGCCUCAUGGUGCUCUUCGUCUGCUUCGUGAUCGCUUUCCAGUGCAUGAAUUUUUAUAUCGCGCGGUGUUACCCGAGAUAUUCAGCUUCCAUAUUCGCCGCCAACACCUUUGCCCGGAGUUGCUUCGCCGCAGGUUCCAUCUUGUUCUCCAGACCAAUGUACGAGAAACUCGGCGUCGGUGGCGGCGUAAGCCUGCUAGGAGGGCUUUCGGUACUCUGCGCUGGUGGUAUGGUUUUUCUUUGGCGCUACGGCGAGAAAUUAAGACUUAGGAGUAGGUUCGCUCAAUCUUGACUAUCGGGGUGGGUAGUCAGAAUACGAGGCGUGUGUAUAUAAAUAGCAAGUUUACGGACAUCGCUCUAAUAUCUAGAAUAAAAUAAGUAAAGGGACUUGACCAGGCUUUAAGGUGGAUUGAGUGUAUGUGAAAGGCACUGAACUCAAAUUGAAGCCACUAUCGACCAUGCUGUAUAACCCGUGCUGGCGGAUAGUAUAAUACAAUGCUAUAAUACAAGCCGAUGCUGAUGUGCUAGACCGUGGGGUCUCCCUUCCGAAGGUGCACCUUUAACGUAUAUAUUCGAAGCAUAACGCGCGGUUGCGAGCUGGGCCUGUCAGGUCGAGCGCGUCGGUAUAUCCGCCAACCUCGCCGCAUCCGUCUACGUAGAUUGCCUCCAGCCUACUGAAGGUAU